AUGUAUGACAUAUGUGGAGAGCACAGCGUGGAGAAGUCCUUAACUGUCCUUAUGGCUGAUGAACUAUUUUCUGCCAAUUUCCAAAGCCUGUGUCCAAUCAUAAGUGGGAACGUCUGUUACCAAGAAGAAGGUGUUCUUGAACACAAAAAGGACUGUAUCAGACGUGCCAGAGCGAUUUUCGAUAGAGCCAACACAUAUUACAAAGACUCUGCACCAGAGCUGAAGGAAGAACGAGCUACACUCUUGGAGGAUUGGCUGAACGUGGAGACGAGCUUUGGUAACCUCGGGGAUGUCAGUAUUGUCCGAUCGAAGCUUCUAAAGAAGCUCAAGAAGAGAAAGCAGAUCACGAGAGAAACGGUUCAACAGAAGUCGAAUGCUAAAAGCUUAACGUGCAAAAAUGGUUUGAACAGGUACGAAGAAUACAUCGAUUAUAUGUACCCAGAAGAAUCGCAGACGACGAAUCUCAAGAUUCUCGAAGCUGCAUACAAAUGGAAGAAACAGAAGUUACGGUUAAAAAAACGGUCUGGUUACGGUUAUAAAUACGGUUAUGGUACUGAUUCUUCGUCGAGAUGUAGUUCGGAUUUGGAUUACUAUUAUUCAAAGGAGAUAGAGACCAGUAAUAUUAGUGAAACAUUGAGCUCGGAUUACCCUGUGAUGCUAAGAAAGCUUCAAGAGACAGACCUAAGAAAUGAAGAUUUGGAGAGACAAGUGAGGAUACUGAAAGAAGAAAGUUUUUUACGCGAUCAGAACAUGGAAGUGGCUAGAGAUAUUGAAGGUAAGAGAAACGAGGACAGGGAACAUUUCAGAUUCUUGAUGACUAUUGAAGCUGCAUUGUUGCUUAACCAGAAAAAGGAGUUGGAAGUGGAGCUGAAGAAUAAAACCAAUCAAGUUUCACAGACGAAAAUGCGAUUGAAGUGUUUGGAGGAAGAAGCAGAGAAACAAGCUAAGGCUGAGCUGAAUAUCGUUGGAGAAAAGGAAGCUUUGUGGAACAAAGUACAAAAACUUGAAGCGGGCGUUGAGACUUUGCGGAAGAAGAGAAAGGAGUAUAGUGAAGAGAUGAAGCGUAAGAUCACUGAGAUUGAUCGUCUUAAGGAAGAGAAUCAGAAGCUGCAUACAAGAAUCGGAGAGAUCGAUGAAAUUGGAGACAAGAGUAAGAAACUUGACAACCAAGUUACUGAUCAGCCUAAACUAGAGAAGGAACAAGAAGACAUCAUUCAACGGCUAUCAAUGGAGACUAAUGAUCAGAAGAAACUUCUUAAAGAACAAAAAGAUGCCAUUGAUAAGCUCUCAGAGGAUCAGAAGCAAAUGAGACGUUGGUCGUUUGGUGGUUCGAAAUUGAAUACAAAUCUUCUCGAGAGGAAGAUGGAAGAGUUGGCUGAAGAUUUCCGAAUGAAAAUGGAAGAUCAUAUCCGUAUACUGUACAGGAGGAUCCAUGUAGCCGAACAGAUACACCUAGAGAGCAAGAACAGCUAUAUCAAGACGCGAGACAACACACAAGUCCAAGAAAAUAGAGGAAACAGAGAAGAUUUCAAUGUCUCUGAAACCCAAUUCAAGAAAAUCAAAGAAAUGGUGGAGAAAGGGCUUGCAGGACCAGAGAUGGCGAUAAAAAAGCUAGAAGAAAGCGGGGGAUUAGUGAGCCGAGUCACGAGGUUAGCUAAAGAGAUCGAUUCAGCGAAAAAGUGGGUGAAGGAGAAGGACAACAAGACAAAGCAUGAGGUUGAAACUCUAGAAGCGAAGUUAGAAUGCAGAAAAGCACAAGAAUGUUUACUAAAGGAGAAGUUAUCGAAACUAGAGGCGAAGCUAGCGGAGGAAGGAACAGGAAAGCUGAGUUUAGCAAAGGCUAUGAGGAAAAUAAAAAAGCUUGAGAUAGAUUUGAGAAAAAUGAAAGAAAUA